AUGCAAGACAGCAUUGAUGGAUUAGUAGGUUACCUAAAAAUAAAAAAUAUCCAAGAUGGACUGUGGUACAAACGGUACUGCGUCCUUACUUCUCAUACUUUCACCAUAUUUAAAGACGAAAGUCUCAAUGAUAUGGAGAAAGUCAUCAAAAUCGAUUCCAAUACUAAGAUUGACGAAGUACCAUCAAAUAGAUCUCCAAGAUUUUCAAUCCAAAAUCCAGACGGUAUAUUAUACUUUUCAUGCGACUGCCAAGAAUCUUUAAUAAAAUGGAUUACAGCACCAAACGCAUCCAAAGUAACAGUACCACUUCUUUCAAUGAACGAUUUUAAUAUAAUCUCCGUCAUUGGUAAGGGAUUUUAUGGAAAAGUUAUGCUCGUUCAGCACAAAACUUCGGGCGAAUUAUAUGCACUCAAAACGAUUCAAAAACGCCGUCUCAUUGAGACACACAAGGCACAUACUGUCAUUGCUGAGCGCAAUAGCCUGAUGAAAGCAUCACAUCCUUUCAUUGUAAGAUUAUGUUUUGCUUUUCAGACCCCGCAAAAGUUCUAUUUAGGACUUGAAUACGCUUCAGGAGGCGAACUUUUCUACCAUUUAGAUAAAGCUGGCGCCUUACCACCAAGCGAAGUCCGAUUGAUUUCAGCCGAAAUCGCUUUGGCCCUUUCAUACCUCCAUUCACUCGGAAUUGUCUACAGAGACCUCAAACCAGAGAAUGUCAUGUUCGAUAGCGAGGGACAUGUCAAAUUAACAGAUUUUGGGUUAUCAAAAGACAUCGUAGAAACGAACUCUACCAAUACAUUAUGCGGAACAACAGAAUACCUGUCUCCAGAAGUUGUUCUCCAUAAUCAGUAUGACUAUGGAGUCGAUUGGUGGGCGCUUGGAUGUCUGAUGUACGAAAUGCUUACUGAGAGAACACCGUUUGAGAAUCCGAAUCGUUCAAAGAUGCUCCAAGACAUCGUCCACGCACAGCCAGAGUUCCCAGAAUUCUUACCUCCAGAUGUUAUCGAAGUAUUAAGUGCUUUACUCUCUAAAGAUCCAAAGAACAGACCUGGAAUCGAUCAACUCAAAGAAUUCGCUUACUUCAAGUGCCUCGACUUCAACAAAGUUUUCAGACGCGAAUAUACUCCAGAAUACAUUCCUCCUCACACAGACAAACUUACUCCAUUAAACUUCGACUCAGAGUUUACAGAAGAUAAACCAGUUGAUUCCCCUGUUCCUUUGAUGCUUCCGGAUUUCCCUGGUUUCUCUUACAAUGCAUUCGGAAUGGAGCCAUCAGGAGAAAGUAACUCUCCUAUUCUCAUGAAUUGA